AUGAGUCACAGGCUCGAUGGACAAUUUACAGUAUAUACAUCAUUGCUAUUCAAUCCAAGGAACAAAACUUUUGACAAGAACAUCUCGAUUGUCGUCGACCCAGCGACCGGUUCCAUUGCAGAUGUGUAUGAACGGAAACGAUCCGAAAAUGUCGAGUUGAAAAAUCGUGACAUAGAUCUCCGAGGGAAGGUUGUGAUGCCAGGAUUUGUCGACGCCCAUACACAUGUGUUUCUUCAUCCAUACGAUGAAGCUUCAUCGACGGUCCAGAUGCGCGACGAAAGUGUCGUCGAGCGAGUCGUUCGUGCUACAAAUCAUCUCCGCGUCGCCCUUUUGUCCGGUUACACCACCUACAGAGACAUGGGCACCGAAGGACUGCGCUCAUUCGACGCAAACCUGAGAGACUGCGUCAACCGAGGUCUCCUGCCCGGCCCGCGACUCUUCGUGGCCACCGAGUGUCUCGCCAGCACCGGGUCCUACGAGGUCCGUCACGAGAACGCGUGGGCCAAGCUGCCGCGCAUUUCCGACCCCUGCGACGGUCCGGUGGGCGUGACACAGGCUGUCCGGCGCCGUGCGGCCGAUGGGGCCGAUAUCAUCAAGUUCUACGGGGACUAUCGGCGCAAGGUGAUGCGAUUUCCGAAUGCAAAGGAACCGAUCCCGUUUCUUCCUUGGGAGCCCAACCCGACUGUGGUCAUGUUCAACCAGGAGGAAAUGGACGCAAUCGUCAAGGAAGCUAAGCUAGGCGAGCUGCCCGUGGCGUGCCACGCGGGAUCGGCAAAGGGCGCGCUCAUGGCUAUCAAGGCUGGCGUCGAUACCGUUGAGCACUGCCAAGAGGCCACCGACGAGGUCUUUCGAGAAAUGGCGCGCCGCGGUACCAUCUUCGUCCCGACGCUCGGGAUCAUGAAGACUUCGCCUGAGUAUAGCCGCAUCGCCAAGCAGACCAAGAGGGCGCACGAUCUCGGCGUGCGGCUUGCUGCUGGAGGUGAUACCGGAACGUUUCCUCAUGGGGAAGGUGCUCUUGAAAUGGAACUCAUGAUCCGGGCAGGGGUUCCUGUCGUGGAUGUGCUGGAAGCGUGCCUGAUGGGAGGCUGGGAAAGUUGCGGUAAGGAGAAGAGCGGCUUUCGUUUUGGGUCCAUUGAGAAGGGAUACCGAGCCGAUAUCAUUGCCCUGGACACGGAUCCGAGAGAAGACGAGGGGGCCUUGAAAAAGGUUGGCUUUGUCAUGAAGGACGGCAAGGUCUGGAAGAGGGACGGGCGAGCAGUCGGCUUCUUCGAGGAGCAGACGGUCGAUUCGAGCCCCGGCGCCGAUGAGGAGUCGGAUUGGACUUUUGUUUGA